CAAGAUGUGUUUUGAAUUACUGGGUAGAGAAAGGAGUCAAUAUGUAGGGAGUCCUGCUAUGGAAGGACAUUGACACAACUCCUUGAUGAGCGGUGGCAUCCAGCAUUGGUGUUGCUGUGACAUUUUUACCCUGGCACACCUGAAAUGUCUUGUGCAAGUUGCAGCAUGGGCGUGUGCAUAAUUGGUUUGCUGGCAUGCCUUGCUUUCUUUUGUGCCACUAAUCCGACUUAGCUUUUGUUCAAAAGAACCCUGUUUCUGGCUUGUUGGUGGAAUGCUGCCAAAGUUGCCACUUUGCCUUCUCAGAAGUCGCUCAUAGCAGAGUACUUUCUUGUGUUCUCAGCGCCCUAGCUUGUUGAUGGACAUACUGCGACCCGGGCUUACCACUGUGUCACCAGAAUUCACUUGAUAGCCGACGAUCGAUGCGUUCCCUUUCUAACAAUUCAGGGUCUGGUAGAUGUGCCUCUGGCUUCCCUUGAGAUUUAUUGAACGAUGGUGAGUAUGAGAUUGCUCUUGUGGUGAUGGCAUCAUCGUAACCUUUUCCGCAAAUCGAGCACAUGUCAACAGAGUAUAUCCACAGAGGAGGUUCCCAUCUCAAUGAUCAUUGGGGGGACAGCUCAUCAAAGUCGUGUCACAUUGGUCUGCAACAAAGCAGAUGGCUGAGGAGUUGGCAGACCCUCGUCAAAGUCAUGUCACAUUGGUCUGCAACAAAGCAGAUGGCAGGGGAGUCGGCAGACCCUUGUGAAGAAGUUGGCAAACAGUAGAAGUUGAGGAGUGUGAGAUCGUAUGAAAACCACGUUUGUAUUGUGCCUCUAACAUAGCAGAUGGCGGAGGAGCCAGGAGACCCUGAUAGUGAAGUUGGCAAAAAUUGGACCGUGAGGAAUGAGAGAUAGAGAAACCAUCUUUGCAUCAGCAGGAUGGAAAAGUUUCUGCAUCUGCGAUAAGAAUGGUGGAUCUAGGACUUGAGUAAACUUGAGCAGAUUCUGGUGUAUGCCGAGUUUCGCCAUGGCGGUGCCCGUUCAUAUGGUGUUUCGUUAGUGAACGCAGGAAGUGGCUCCACAAUACCUGUGACGUCUGGGUUGGGUGAAUUCUACUGCUCUUGCUUCAAGAUGCACCAGUGGGAUGUGGUUUGCAGAGUUCAAGCCUUUGCUGGCCUACAAUGUGGGUUUGCAGAAUUCAAGCCCUCGUUGGCCUAUAAUAUGGGUUUUGAGCGGAUUAUGCGAAGCAUGUCAACAGCCUGUGAGCACAGUGACAGUGGUCUUUACGUGAUGCAGAUCAUGUCGAUAAUGUGUGAAUGGCCUGUAUUUGCCAUGCUUAUAGUGUCUCUUAUCAGAAUCUGUGAACGUGUUACUCCUGGCCACUAGCCCUGCAGUGCCACCACUUCCUUUCAUCAAGUAUUUUGUCAUGACAUCGGCGUGUUUUGAAGUGCAUACUGGUGUUGACUUCUGUGCUGUGCAUGCUCUCAGAUCACUCAGCUCAAUGAGGCUUGCAUGCUGCUUUCUGUGCGCCUUGUUCACUUUUGUCUUUCACCGAGCUUCUCACAUAUAGCACUUGAUUCCCAGAUUCCAUAGUUUCCGAUCUUAUUGGAGGUCAGACAUAUGUUAUUUAUCCAGGCGUAAGUGCUAUGAUUGCCACCUCGUCGUAUCUUUGGGCUCAGCUUUAUGUGAGUUAUGCAGGUGUAGCAGCAGCUGAGGCGGAGAGGGCUUUCGUAGCAGCAGCAGUUGCACACGCUAGAGCCGAAGCAGCAGCUGUUAUGGCUACGGCUUUGGCCACUUCGCAGGCGCAGGCCACAGCUCAGGCACCAUCGUCGAGUGUUAGCGAGGGCUUGGCGUGGAGUGAUAUCUUUCUUGGAGAGGAUGGAGGAGACGAUGGUGUUGUCAGUGCGGAUGGUGAAGUAUUGCCCGUCGAGGUACGGGCACCAGACUGUGAGGGCGUGAAUCACGGCGAGGAGUUCCUUCUCGUUGGAGUGGUGGUGUCUAGUGGAUCAGAGAGGGUGUCAAGGUCGGGGGAGGUGAACUCGUCCGAGGAGGUGGUGGAGGUGGUGUCCGCGGAGGCGAUGUUGUGGAAGAAGCGAGGGCGGGGAGGGGCCGAUUUGGGGAUGGUUGAGGUACUAGUGGAGGUGGAUAAGAGCGGUUUUGAUUGGGGGGGCACGAUUGACGACUGUGUGACGGCAGGGGUUGUCGUCUUGGGCGAGGGGGGAGGUGGAGCGACCAUGGUGGAGGUAGUGGUGGAUGAGGGUGGGGAUGUACAGGUGGACGGUGUUGGUGUGGAGGUUGAAGUGGAGGCUUGUCCGGAGGAGGGGGUGGGAUGGGGUGUGGAGGAGGGGGGUGUGGUCGUGGUGACGACCGUGAUGGCGGGGGAGUUUCCCUGGAGCGUGGUGACACAAUCGGAGAUGGCGACCAUGGUGGUGUUGAUGGUGGCAAGGGAGGAUUUGAGGGAGGUCAAUGUUUGGAGGAUAGUUGCGAGUUCCAGGGUGGUGGUGGUGGAAGUUGGCUGAUCGGAACGAAGAUCAGACAUGUUGAUGGAAGAUUGGGCCAUGGUGGGGGAAGAGGGGGUGGAUGACGUGGCCGGAACGGAAGUGGAGGCGGUAGCAGCAGAUGUGAUAGUGGUGGUGUCGCGUCGUCGGCGGCGGCGGCGGCGCGUUGGGAGGUCUUGGUUUGGCGUGGUGGCAUGUGGAGAUGGGGGGGCAAUUCCUAUUUACAAGAAUAGAGCGUCAUCAAGUGAUUUAGCAAUGAAGGUAGCAGAGAAUC